CAGCUUAAAGCGUCACGUUACGUUUCAAAUGACAUUCUUUGCAUAUGCAAGAGAAAUGUUCUCUUUCCCCAUUGAUGCGCAUUUGUGAAUUUAUUCGUUCAGUGGACUCUUCCUACCUCCAGGGCUUCGGACCCCUGCAUCGCUAUCUUAUCCUGCCUGCCCUGUCGUACUAUGCCCCACCCUACCCCACUCCAUCACUCUACUCUAUUCCAUUCCAUUCCAACCCACCUCGCCUUUCCUCGCACUCUCAGCGCCCUCACGUCCGGCUUCCCCUUUACUCUUCUCCUCUAUGUUUCGUCCUAGCUAGCUCACCGAGCAGCGAUGCAUCUUCCAUUCGAUGAGUGGACUAAGAUUUUUUUCCUAUAAUCAUAUCUUCGAUUUGCUCGUAGAGAUUACGUUUCUAGUUUCUAGUUUAGUACUUUUUACCUAUUCGUCUUGUUCGUCGGCAAAAGGCAGCCUUUCGCAGAGAUAAAAGAGACGCUGAAAGAAAGACUAAAAACAUGGGAUGCAAUGCGGGCCGAUGCCUCGGUCCAGACGAUACGGGGUACCCUGGAUCAGGAUUCAUGGCAGCCAUUAGGAAGAAGUUAGUUAUCGUGGGGGAUGGUGCUUGUGGUAAAACAUGUUUACUCAUAGUCUUCAGCAAAGAUCAAUUCCCUGAAGUAUAUGUACCUACUGUCUUUGAGAAUUAUGUUGCUGAUAUCGAAGUGGAUGGUAAGCAGGUUGAAUUGGCUCUUUGGGACACAGCUGGGCAAGAAGAUUAUGAUAGAUUACGUCCAUUAUCAUACCCUGACACAGAUGUUAUCCUGAUGUGUUUCUCCAUUGAUAGUCCUGAUUCCCUGGAAAACAUUCCUGAGAAAUGGACACCAGAGGUGAAACAUUUCUGUCCAAAUGUACCCAUUAUUCUUGUGGGGAAUAAAAAAGACUUGCGCAAUGAUCCUAAUACUAUCAAAGAGCUUGGAAAAAUGAAGCAAGAACCAGUAAAACCAGAGGAGGGUAGAUCCAUGGCUGAAAAAAUCAAUGCCUUCGCAUACCUUGAAUGCUCUGCCAAGAGCAAGGAAGGAGUCAGGGAAGUCUUUGAGACAGCAACCCGAGCUGCACUUCAAGUUAAGAAGAAGAAGAAGGGAAGAUGUAGGCUUCUUUAAAAUGUAAUGUCAGAUGGGCCCAAAAAGUGGGUGAAAUUAUGGAAUUGCAAAGCUAGCUGCAAUAGAGCUAGUUGUAAUACUGGAGGCCCCCAGUGAAGACCAUAAUAUAAUAACAUCUUUUAUCUUUAAUUCUUUUACAUAAUAAUCAAAUCUACAAACAUGUUCACAUCAAAGCCACUGAUUAACAAAUCUUUCAUGAUACAGGACUUCUUUAACUAUAAUGAAAUAUGCUUCAAGUUUGAGCAAGUGAAAAUUGUCAUGUCAACUAUUUACAUUCAAAAAAAACAUAACUGUUUCAUUGUAGUGGCCAUUACUGUUAAUAUUAGUAUCAUAUUACUAUAUAUGUAUACAUUCUACUUUUUUUUUAUACGUAUUUGCUCUUCAUGUCAGUGAGAAAUGAAACGAAAGAAAUUGGGGGAAUUAAUAAGAAAUAUUAAAAAUAAUAAACAAAAAAAAAACAAAAAACCAAAAAAAAAAUACGGAAGGAACCUACAUAAUAUACAAUGCAAAGUUGUAAAACUUUUAGAGCACUGUAAGAAUCUAAGAGAAAGCGUUACAGAUUCCAAAUGUUGCGUCGCUAUUUGAUCGAACCAUCAAUCAAUAUUUCUUAAAAAAAAAAAUAAAAAAAUAAAAAAAAAUAAAAAAAAUAAAAAAAAAUAAAAAAAGAAAGAAAAAAAAGAAAAAAGGAAAGAAAAAGCCAACAAACAUAAACAUACGUAAGUAGGCGAGCAGAUCACUUUCGUCUUUAAGAUACCAGGUAGACUAAAUGUAUUAUUAUUAUAAUAUUAUUGCUAUAUUAGUAUAAUACGACACUAACAUAACGGAUUGUAACAGCGACUAUAUUAUAUUUAUGUAUUUCGAAAACAUCCUUUGUGUUUAAUCACGAUCAUGAACAAUGCUUCAGAGAUCACACUGUAUCUAUAUGUUAAUAUGAAUCAUUCAUGCAAAAUACACUAACAGAUUUAUAAGGAUCGUAUACGAGGAGACUACUGACCUGUCACGCGUAAUGCUCAAUUUCACUAAAAUGAUUUAGCUUAUUUCAAUUAUUUUAAAUUUCUCAAUUUGUAAAUUUUUUAUUUUAUACGUGAUCUUUCGUUAAAAGUUUCUUUAUGAUACGAUCGAAGUUGACAUUAAAAUAAAGAAAGAGUGACAUAGAGAAAUAGACAGACGAACAGACAAACACAGGUAGAAAAAAAAAUUUUUUUAUGAAAUGCAAUACACGCGUUUUUUCUUCAUGCUUUAAUUACGUAUAUCAGGGCAUUUGAAAUAAUUGUAAUCGUAGCAUCAGGCACGUUUAUUAAAGCCUAAUCUAUAAGGAAUUUAUUAAAGAAAAAAAGAACAAAAAAAAGAAAGAAGUCUGUGAACUAAUCGAAUUAACGGCCUUUGGUACGCUAUGAAUACAAAACCUUAGCCAUUAAUUCAGUGAGUGACUGUGAAACUGUGUUCAACUUGUUUUUUCUUAAUGAUUAGCUGUACAUCAUCAUUGAAAUGCGCUUUUGAAAAAAUCCGAUCGCACAGUGGGCAAAAUUUUUAGCAAUGGUAAUACAUACUUUUACUACGUUGUACUUUAUGUACAUACAUACAUAACAUAUACAUACACAUCCCUGCUGUGUUAGCUUCCUCAGAAAAGAAAAAAAAAAAGAAAGAUAAAAAAAAUAUUAAUUACUGCCGAUUACAAACCCAUUUUUCCCGGUACCGAAUUAACAACAACAACAACAACAACAACAAAAAAUAUCUACUUUCGUUUCAGUAAUUUAUACUCUGUUGCGAGGUUUGGAAGUGAUCUUUACAAUUUGUACAUGGGGAUUUACUAUUACAUCUAUAUUAAUUACGA